UUGUAUUAACUGUCAUAAAGAGUAUUAUAAAAAGGAAGGAAAUUGAGUCAUUUGGCACAACUUCUGCUUAGUAACCACAGAGAAAAGACACAGUUACAAGAAAACAUACCAGGAUAAAUACUCUCUGUACCUGCUACCGCUUUAACUUUAUCUGAUGACAGGGAAAUGAGAGCAGCAGCGAUGACUUUAACAUCAACACGAGGAUUCAUCGCCAUUCUUCUCUCUGUUGCAGUUGUUCAGGGUCAGGAUGGGUGGGGCGUCACUUACACUUCGACUCAGAUCUGUGCCCUAAAAGGAUCAACAGUCUACAUGAACUGCACCUAUACAUCCCCAGUGAAUGCUAAAAUUACUAAAACAUUCUGGUUUACUAAAUCAGAUGGCAAAUUUCUGGAUCUAAAAGAAGACUCUAACUACAACAGUCGUGUGACGUAUAUUUGUGAUGCCAAGAACUGCAGUCUGAAAAUCAUAGAACUGAAAGAGAUGGACUCCACUCAGUACAAGUUCAGGAUCAUAUCACCCCAAAAGUUAUAUUUUGGUCCACCUGGAGUCAAUUUGUCUGUCAUAGAUCGUCCACAUCUUCAGGUUCAUGUGAGCAGAUCUUCAUGCUACUCAGGUGAUACUUGUGUCCAAGUGGAGCUGAGGUGUCAGAGCAGCUGUCCUCUACCUGACAAUUACAAAUACAUCUGGUUUAAGAACAUGGAUACAUUUCAGAGUGAUACAUCAUCUUAUUCCACCAACAUUUCCUCUGAAGACAAAAUUUCCUGUGCUGUUAAAGGUUAUGAGACGUUCCGCUCUCCUCCAGUGUAUGCUCCAAGUGUUCCUACAAUAACCCACAAUUCCUCUGGUGAAAUCAGUGAAGGCAGUUCAGUGACUCUGACCUGCAGCAGUGACGCUAACCCACCUGUUACUAAAUACACCUGGUACAAGAACAACGGAAACACAGACCAACAACCUGUCAGUGCAAAGAAUCCGCUUGUUUUUGAGUCCAUCCAAUCCUCUGACUCUGGAGAGUAUUACUGUAAAGCUGAAAACAAGCUGCAAGAGACGACAUCAAAAUACAUCGUUAUAAACGUGAAAUCUUCAUCCACAUCCGUUGUAGCUGGAGUGACUGUUGCCAUCCUCCUUCUCAUAAUCCUCAUCACUGUCUUCUUCUUAUUUAGAAGAAAAAGGGCCUCCAAAAAAUCAGCUGACUCUGAAGUGGAACCACAAAGCGGUGAAAAGGUAUUUGUGUCCCCACAGUGUCCACCCAGUCCCAAACCGCCACAAAAGCAGGACAGCCUUCAUUACGCCGCUGUGGACUUCUCUCUGAACCAGGCUAAUCCUGUUUACUCCAACACUGGAGCACCUCGGCAUCAGAAACCCCAGAGUCAACCAAUAUUUUGCGAGUACUCUUCUGUCACAUUUCAUAACAACAGUUCUGACUAGGGUUGAAAGAUAUAUUAUUAUCGUAUCAAUACCUGGAUAUGAACAUUCAAGAUAUUAAUGUUGAAAAAGCAACGAUAUAAACGAUAUAGAUUUCCCCUGCGCUCACCCUGCAUGUACAGCUCUGGAAGUCACAACAA